AUGGAAGCUGAAUAUGAAGGAGAAACCGAGCCCGUAUACGACUAUGUCAUGAAUUCCAAUUACAAAACACGCGCGAGCGUUUGGUGUGGAACUCGGCUUUCGAACGCCUAUUUCAUUGGUAUACUGAGUGCUGCUUCACAAAUUCCCGGCGUAGAAGUUGUGAGUGAAACAUAUCUCAACCGGGCCAGACUUAUCUUCAAUGGUAACCGGUCCAGGUCGGACCUUCGAUCCGAAGCGUUGUUUGAUCUCCGUUGGUCGUUCCAAUUCGAGAAUAGCUUGGUGGUAACUUCGGAUUCGGACUUCGACUACGACACCACCCCCUACAACUCUGAUUUCUGGGCAUCGCCAACACUGACGGAAGCCCUGCAUUACUCCAAAAUCAUGCGUUCGCUAUUUGCGUUAGACCUUGGUAACUGUGACUCGCCAAACCUGUUGGCAGACGGAGACGGCCUCAACUAUGCCAUCUUGGACCCAAAUAACUCCAAUCGGCUUGCGGGUGGUAUAUUUGGUAAUUUCACUGAUGAAGAUCGGCUGGACAACCACCGAUUCACCAUGCUGCCCAGGCCGGACGCCGACAAAUCCCUCAUCCGGGGCACCGUUCCCCUGAAGGAGAGCUACAAGACUGUCCAGCCGCUCAUGGGUCCUUUAUCCUGCGAGAAAGCCACUAUAGCAGCUCAAUACCUUUGCUCCGUGCCCAAGCAGAAAAGCGUAGGGGUGAUGUUGCUGGCGAUCGUCCUUGCAGAUCUGGUCUUUCUUCAAGCAGCGUGGAAGCUACUGCAGUGGAACGCAGACUCGAGAAUGGCGAACAGACCUCAGAUGAAGUUCUGCGAAGGCUGUCUAGACGCCCAGGGUGGAAGCGGCGGGGUUGAGCUAGAGAACCAGCCUCGUGGGAGACAACAAGCGGGUUCCUCACUUCGCCCCAACGAUCGUUAUGUCAGACUUCAUAGUCGCGAGUGA